GAAUGUAUGAUGAAAAAGUGGUCCGCUUCUGCUUAUGCAUUUUUCCAUCCUAUUCCAGCCAUUGAGUACCAUCAUGGGUGCAAGUGUCAUGUGUUUUCUUGUGCUGCGAAAGAGUGUGAGCAGGGCAUUGCAUGCUAUCUUGAUACUACUGACAAAGAGUCCAUGGGAAAUAUGCGUAAGCAUAUUCGCUCUUGCUGGGGUACUGAUGUUCUGGAUAUGGCUGAUAACAUUGAAAAUUUGGAGAGUGCUCGCAGACUUGUCAAAGCUCACCAGAAUAACAGAACAAUUACUUCCAUGUUUGAAUGCUUGAAGGGUAAAGGUGCUGUAACAUAUUCCCAUCAUGCUCACACCAAGACUGAGAUGUGCCUGCGGCCAUUCAACAUCGUCAAGGACCAUGGUUUUAACUGUCUGAUGAAGACCGGCCACCCAGCAUAUUACCCUCCCCACCCCAUGACAAUAUCUUGUGAUGCUAAGACUAUUUUUGCAAAAACAUGUCAGCAGAUUGCAAAGCUACUUCAGGAGUACGAUGGUGAAUUAAACUUUGCAACUGAUGCCUGGACAUCACCAAACCAUCAAGUCUUCAUCACAUUCAUGGUUCACUUUAUCCAUGAUGGUCACCCUAUAUGCAUGCUUUUAGACUUCAUUGAAGUAGCAAAGUCGCACUCAGGGGAUAAUCUUGCAGAGGCAUUU